UUUUACCAGCACUUUUUUUUUUUUAACUUUUACUUGAGGGAGGAGAAAUGGAAAAUUAACUGCUUGCCUUAGAGAAAUGCCUCAGCGAAAAGAGGAAACGUAGCAGUGAACUUGAGAACAUCUUGGAAAAUCUCAGUCUAAAAAUUUUCAAUUCAUCAUGAAGAUCAACCAAUCUUUCCUGUUCCUGCUUUGCAUUACUCAGAGGAUGCCUUGGGUUGGUGGAGAUUGUUUUUACAAUGCAGUCCUUAGGUAUUGCUCUUGCUCACUUGUAGAUCUGACCAAUAUUGUGAGUAUUGUGUCUUGCAUUCAAGCAUCUAAUUUCGAGUUCCAAGGAGGGAGUUUCAUAGAUACUCAAGAUUACAUUUUAUACAACGUGGAAAUGGAGCAGGUACUGGCUAUGAUCCGCCUUCCGCUGACCAAGGUCACCUUUGUAAAUGUAGUGUUGUCUGAAGAGUUUUUGUCUACAUUUUUAAAAUGGGUUUACAGAAUACCAAUUGAAGUGCUUGCAUUUGAGAACACGAAGUUUGUUGGCCAGCCAAGCUGGCUGUAUAUAGGUGAAUCACCACCUCGAAUCUCAUCUCUCCAAUUUAUCAACAUAUCUUCUUACCCAUUGUUUGAUAGACCUGAUACUUUCCCUGCUCUUGGGAGUUGGAUAUACAAACUGGAAGAACUAACCAUGAAGAAAUCUAAUGUAAAGAGCAUACCAUGCAAUGCCAGUCUACACUUUAAAGAUCUUACAUCUUUAGAUUUGUCUGAAAACCUUCUUGACGAUCAUGAUAUAUUUUCUCUGUUUUGUCCUGAUGCUUUCCCUAUGUUGAAAACAUUAAUACUCCGACAUAAUAAUUUUGUUAAUUUGGAUACCAUAUGCCAGACUUUGAAGAAAUACAAUCAAUUAGUACAACUAGAUUUGAGUCAGAAUAACUUAUCCAAUGUGUCAACUUCUUUUUGCAUUUGGAAGCCAUCUAUACUAUUCUUAAACCUUUCUGAUACAGGUUUGGAAGAAAUUAACUAUAAUCUACCACAGAAUUGUGAUGUGCUAGAUUUAAGCUACAACAAGCUUGAUUAUCUGAAUAUCUCAUUACCUAAACUGAAAAAACUAUAUUUGUCUUACAACAAAUUUAUCACUAUUCCAACCACAGCCAAACUUCCAAGAUUAGAGAUGUUAGCUUUAGAUGGCAAUCCCAUACAAACACUGCAAUUGGGACAACUUCAGUAUUACAAUCAUCUGAACAGUAUUAAGGCAGAUAGUAUUCCAUAUUUGUGUUCCUGUUCUCUUAACCAUGAAAUUAAAGAAAUAAAAAAAACUGGUUUGAUUCUGGAGGGCUGGCCGGAUGGAUACACAUGUGACUCCCCCAUUUUAUUUCAGGGGAAGCUAGUCAAUGACGUGAAUCUAUCAUUCUUUGAGUGCCAUAAACCUCUGCUGACAGUUGUAAUCUGCAUUGUGGUAUUAUUAGUGUGUAUUGCUACGGUCAUUUGCUCCGUGAAGAUUCAUCGAAGUAAUAAAACAAGGUCACGGAAUAUGCAAACAGGAAAUUUAAGCACUGUCCAAUUCCAGUCAUAAACUUGUUUUGGCAUAAAGAAAAUUCUUUCAGUUGUCAG